UGGGUUCAUGCGAGGAGCGGAAUCUCCACUGCCUGUUGGAGACCGUGAUCAAGAUCUUGUCCCGGCCACUUAAGAAAAAACGAACAGCCGGCCCAUGCACCAGCAUCGGUGACCCGAGUUUUCUGCCAACGACCGCACCCAAAGUCGCGGCACGCCAGCGCCGAGUCGAGCCCAGCGAGUUCGAAAUCAGCUCGCUGUAACGGCCGCAAUGGGGCAUUCGUCGAAAUUCGUCUUCCCUCUGCCGGGCCGGAAACAGAAGCAUGCGCCCAUUCCGCAGAUAUCAUCGCCGUUGACGACCAAAGCGCACAAAAUACUCGGAACCUCGGCGCUCAACAUCGACUCGGCAGCCUCUGCGAUAUGGGAGACGCAGUCGAACUCGGGAAUUAGCGUCGCGGUUUCGGAGACGACAAACGGACAGCUUGAGCUUGGGCCGACACAUGAUGGGCGGGCUGCGUUUGGGACGCUGCGGGAUAAACACUGGGAGCAAGAGUCCGAGAUCAUUCCCGUGGUGCUGAACCGGCAAAGCGACUUUCCCGGGUCAAUGGUUCCAGAUGGUGCAACGGAUGCUUCGAGCCUGCGGCGGCGGCAGUCAAGUUCGACCAUCACAUCCUACUACGACAAGUCCAAACUCCCGCUCUCGAUAUCGCAACAGACAUCGAACUCGGCCAUGGCGAAAGGGCUUCCGCCGAAAGCCCAGGCCUUAUUAGAUUAUGACGCCAGCUUUGUCGACCCAUCGCAAUCACAGACGCAGAAGGCUCGGAAGAAGCCCUCGAGACUGGACCUCUCGUCCCUGCUUCACAUGCACAGGACACCAAAGCAUCUCCACCAGGACACCAGCAGCAAUAACAACACCAACAACACCAACAACACCAACAACCAGCUGCUCGGGCACGACAUGUUUACGAAGUCCCCGUCCGUGAUGUCCAUGUCUCCGCUGGUGACCCCGUCGCCGGUUCCGCAACGACCAGACCGGGAUAUCAGGAGAAAGACCACGAGAGAGUCGCUGAGAGAGGGUGUGGCACAGCGGCCGGACAGCGAAAGGCAACAACAGCAAUCCAAAGACACGGCGGACUUGUAUAAUCUCUACGAUCACUACGAGCAGCGGACCUUCGCCGAUGCCAUGGACCGGGAGCUGAAAGGCGGUGGUUACCAAGUCGAACCCCCGAGCCGACCUCCCUCUUACCCUCCGCCAGUCCCCGGUCAAUCAGGGAAAGGACUCCUCUCUCCUUUCCCAGCCCCCUCGUCGCGGGCCGCCCGUUCAGUGAAACAAUCGCCGCUGGUUACGACGACGGAGAAGCGUAAAUCCACGGGCUCUGCCACUCCUUCGAGCCCCGUACCGGCGGACACGGCCAGUGUCUCAAGCAGACACACCAGGACGUCGAAGGCAUCGAAGCGCACAGACCGCAGCCUCCAGGAGAUUGACCUGUUACAGAACAGUGUUCUGGCUCUAUCGUCGGACUCGGAGGACGACUAUGAGCUCUCGUCCAAGAGCUCCCUUGUGGUCCCGACAUCGAGCGACGGCCAAUCGAGCCCCACCAGCCCCCGGUUCUCGACCCGUCAACCGGCCGCAACAGGUGUGUAUCAUGGCAGUCGAGACAAGCCGAUGAAGCGUACCAGCUUUGCACCUAGUCCCAAACCGUCACCCGGCAGUCAAGAGUUCGAAGCGGUGAAAGGACCCAGAAUCAGUCCGCGCUCGAGUUCCUUGAACGCCAAGAAGUCGGUGAAGGCAGCGCUGCCUGCACUUUCUCAGGACAUGUCUCGGCUGUCCAUCGGCACGGCGUCAACCGGGCGCACCGUUUCCCAUGUGGGCAGCAGGGGCUCAGACCCGGCAAACAGCGAAAGAAAGGCAGUCAAGAAGAUGCGCAGCGAGGCACAGUUCGAUUUCCCGGCUCCACCGGGGCAGCGUGGGCAGCGGGCAGCGUCAGUGUCUCGGAUCUCAGACCAAUCGCUUGUGCUGUCGCCGACCACCGUGGACAUGUACCUGCAGAGCCAACGCUCCCUUGCGCCACCCGAGAAUGGGUCCAUUCGCAGCAGCACGAGCCUGGGCAGUGCGGUCAAUGCGAGCCGACGCGACAGCACCGCCAGCAGCCUCCACGACGGCAACAGCGGGCGGUUCAUGGCGGUCAGUCGGCAGGAAGAGAUGCUCCUGGCUGCGCUGCGGAUGAAGCGGGCACGGAUGCGCGAGGAGAUCAUCGCCGAAUUUGAGGAGGACAUUGAGAAGGAGGAGCAUCAGCUCCGGCGAGAGGUCACCAACGACAGUGUCACCACCGCCGGGAGUGUUUCGAGAGAAUCGUCGAGGUGCACGAUGCGCCUGGAGACGGGGACGCUGAGCGCAGUCCCACGCCCACGGCACCAAGCGAAGGAGAAGGCAGUUCCGUCGAGGGCUCCCUCCGACCAAGCAUCACACGAGUCAUCCCGGAACACGCCCGUAUCGGGGAUGGUUGACUUUAUUGAUUAUGACGACCUCCUCGUCUCGCCGAUCGGCAGCCUUAAACGGCAGGACAGCAAAGCCAGUUCCAUCAGCAGCCGGAAGUCGGCCUCGACGAGGCAGAGGGCGUCAUUAAGCGCCAUGCCUGCGCCUCCGCCGUCUAGAGUCCAGCGGAGAGACGGUGGCUCCUCUCGGACAGGUUCGGUCCAGACCAGCCCCAAUGGCCAGACGGAUCUGCCGCAUCGGAUUCUGGAGGAUCCGGCCGAGGACGACGAGGAUGAGGACGGGAUCCCCCGGCCGGACUCGCCCAUCUCGCCGUCCGACUUCCCAGCGCCGGUGUCUUCUGGCAUCAAGAACAAGAAGCAGGUGCGGCUGAGUGCGGUGGGCUUCUACAAGCCGAAUUUUGAAGCCGGGUGGUGAAAAAAAAUACCAAACACCAGCGAUAGACAUCGCAAUUUCCUUGGUCAUAGAAGCGUGGCGCAGCGAAGGGUACGGAUGGCGGCACGAGUCUUGCUUUUACAUACUUGAUGUUUCCUAAAACGAAUAUGAGGGGCUGGGGGCUUCCUAGCAACUACCUUAAUGAGGAGGACGGAGGCAGUUCUGGAUA